AUGGCGUCUCAAAUUACUCUCGUCGUCGAGCCCCGGGGCAAGCCCAUUCGCAAGCUACCCAAGACGAUCACCCUUGCCCUCACCUCCUCCAGCGAGGAGAUAUACAAGGUUAUCGCUCAAGCUUCCGGCGCGUCGAUUCACCGUCUGCGCAUCACCAAGGGAAGUGACCGCAGCGUGGUUCCCAAUGCGAAGAACACCACUAUCAAUGAUACCGGCCUGAAGGAGUCGAGCGUCAUCCAUGUCAAGGACCUUGGUCCCCAGAUCGCAUGGCGCACCGUCUUCAUCAUUGAAUACCUCGGACCCCUCCUUAUCCCGGCCCUCUUCCUCUUCCCCCUCCGCAACCUGAUCUACUUCAACUUCGACAAGCCCCUCCCCGAGCCAUCCGACAUUCAACUGCUGGUCUGCCUCCUCCUGUCCCUGCACUUCCUGAAGCGCGAAUAUGAAACCCUUUUCGUGCACCGCUUCAGCAACGCCACCAUGCCCGCCCGCAACAUCUUCAAGAACAGCGCCCACUACUGGGCCCUCGCCGGCUUCAACAUCGCCUACUGGGUGUUCCGCCCGGACGCGGCAGCUGCUUCUGCAGAGUACAACCCCAUCCUCGUGUACGCCGGUGUCGCCCUGUUCAUCUUCAGUGAGUUGGCCAACUUCAAUGCGCACUUGAUUCUGCGUGACCUCCGUCGUCCCGGUACUACCGAGCGCGGCAUUCCUUCCGGCUUUGGCUUCAACUGGGUUACCUGCCCCAACUAUAUGUUCGAGAUCUUGGCUUGGAUUGGCGUUUACCUGGUUAGCCAGCUGAGCUGGAGUGUUUUGAUCUUCACUCUCGUUGGUGGUCUCCAGAUGUGGAGCUGGGCUUGGAAGAAGGAGAUCCGCUACCGCAAGGACUUUGGCGACAAGUACAAGAAGAAGCGCACCGUCCUCAUGGCCGGUCUGUUCUAA